AUGGAAAUUCUUCUAAAUGUAAAUCAGAAGAAAAAUAAUUAAUUAUCUAUAGAAAGUGUAGAAGAACCCUUAAAUAAAUUAUUGCAAAAAGCUGAUAAAUAUAUAGAUUUAAAUAAAUUUAUAGAUUAAAGGAAAAAUCUACAAAAUAUAAGAAGAAUAAAAAGAAUUUUAUAGAAAACACUAAAUUUUGAGCAAUAAAUAAAAUUGAUAAUGGAUUUGUUUUAUUACUGUACAAAUAGUAAGAAAGAAAAUGAAAAUUUAAUAAAAUCCAUUAGAUGA